CUUCUCCGCAUCGCGUUUCCUUGCUACUUUAACGCUCAUAAGGACACUGUAGUCGCGCUUCAAGCACCCUCGAUCGUACGCCGAAAUCAGGCGUCGCCAUGUUUCCAAGUUGGCCCCUUGAUGCCGAUCCGCCACUGCAGGAUCCUGGUGUUGGCACUCAACAGAGCAAUGACGGAUCGAAACCGGCGCGAUUGCACAGAAGACCUGUCGACCCAUUCUAUUGUGACAGUUGUAAGAAAGAGAUUAUGGGCGAGUUCAAACAUCAUCAUGACUGGCGAUUGCAUGAGCAUGAGUGCGAAGUCACCAACGUUCCCGGAGUUGCCGAAACAUUGACGGUGGUGAGGAACGAGAAGACCGGCAGAUUUCACUGUCCCGGGUGCAAACUAUAUUCCCAUUCAUAUGCACACUGUCUACGGGCGCAUGCACGGAAGUGCAUGCCAAUCUGGAUGGCACAUACUAGUCAACACGGUGCAGCAGCCGAGUCAUCUGGCCAGAGUGUCUUAGUGUCUACUCUACAAACCGUUUCUGAUGACGCUGCUAAAACACGUCUGUUACCUGUCAAAAAGCACGACAUCCCACGCUCGCGCCGCGCACAGAUUCGCUACUUCGCGCAGCAAGGGUUCCCAGAGUGGAACAUCGCCGAGUACAUGCGCAUUGAUGACCGAACGGUAGCGAGAGUAUUAAAGAAUGACAUGGAGGACGAUUUGGAGAGUGACGAUGAAUAUUUUCAGGUCAUCGAUGCCACAGGUAUCGACGAGUUUUCCAUCGAUACUGACCACAUGAAGAUCGAAGACGGCAUGUUGAAUGCGGAAGGGGAUAGUGCGCAGGUUCAUCAGGGUGAUCUACCCGAAGAUGUAGACAUGAGUGAUGGCGCAGAAGAGCAGGAAGUGGAGCAUGUCCUCUAUACCAGCCUUUCACCUACACCAGCCUCUCGUUCUUCGAGUGUUGAAGAGCCAGAUCGUUCACCAUCACCCGUUCCGUCUCUCGAAUGGCCCGAAAACGACGACGACAUGAUGGUGGACUCGUUACCAGCUGAGAAUGUUGCUCUGAGUCCUACGAAGCGCGAGACGCCGCCGCCGCCGCCGCUAGGGAUGUUGUCUUCUACGAGCUUGCAGCAGCCUACGCCUCCUCGAAGCUAUCCACCGCAAUCGCCUGUCAUCCGUCCUCGCGAGGGCACGCAGCCUGUCCCGAAGCUCGAGACGCUGGGUGAUCCACUGUUCCCUCCUGCACCAUCCCGUGUUACUGACGGAAACACAACGUCAGACCAAGCUUUCGAUGGCUUCGAUGAACCUCAAGGACUCCCUGAGAGCAACAUCAAUGCCCAGGCACUCGCAUCUAUGGAGUUUGAGCAUCCCGUCACGCUGCAGGUCAUCGGUUCGAACGUCCCCGUCGUCACUCAUUCCAUAUUCGCUUUCCUUUCCCCCCUGGGCCUUACCAGCCUUGCUUCCGCGUUUUUCGAAUUUGGAUGCAAGACCAGCGAGGAUCUCGAUGUGCUCUGUGCACUUGGCCGUCUUUACAGCUGGCAGCCCUUCCGAAAGUGGCUACAUAAGCACCACAACGUGGACACCUCGCGCUGGUAUUCGCUGGCAGCAGGGUUCAAAGAGUAUGCGGCCUCACGAGGUGCUGAUCUAGGCGUAGUCCCGCAAGUCAGGUUAGAGACGUCUCAGCCCUCUACCGCUUUCAGGGUGGCCCCAGGGAACGAAAACGCUCAAGCCAUGUACGCGUUUCUCACUGGCUUGCGGCAGCCUCUGGGACGCCAUCUCGGGCUAUUCAUGGCAUGUGGAUUGUCUACCGAAAAUGCCCUCGAUCGCUUCUGUUUCAAGCAAGAAUCAUGGGGUACCAAGAGGGACGAGCUCAUUGAGAAUGGUAUGACGCAGCUGGAAUGGCUCGUCGUUCGCGAGGGACUGCGUCGCAGACUGGAGGCGAUGUCGAUGUAAGAUUGAUCUUUUUGGUGUCUUUUCCGUUCGCUUGUUUCUUUUCUGCACUCACACACAUCGUACGCACACGUGGAACCUAUCAUGACGGACCAAUGGAACAUAUGUAGGGCAAAAUCGCAGCCUAAGCAGUAGCAUGUAUGUACAUUCCAGCACUGACUCGCUGACCGGCCGUAUGUAAUAAUCCGAAAAACACAAGUCGCCUUUGCAAAUCUAUUGACUUUGACUCAGA